GUUGUGCGGCGCAGCUACAUCCGCAGUCGUGUGGCAGUCUAUAAGACUGAUACGAUUGAAACUUGGUCCCCAUUCCUUUACGAGAUCUUUUUAACGCUCGAUAAAUAUUUCGUGACAUUAGCUUGUAAAGAUGAUAAUUCCUGAAGGUAAACAAGAUAAACAAGGUAUCGACAAUAGUUCGAAAAACCAGAGGGAAUUUACCCGUGAGGACGAAUCGUUACCACCAUCUUACCAGGAUGUUGCCUUCUCACAACCUGAGGGUCAGCAACGUGGUGGGGCUGCCUCUGUCCCAGUCCCGAGACCAUCACAGCCUCCGAUUCUCAAACCCACCAACUUCUUAUAUCUCAGUAACAAUGAUAGGUCGAUCAAAGGAUGUUACACUAUCAAUCCUUUCAUGACAAUUCCUUCAUCUCUUCUCCCGCCUCUAGCCGAAGGCACGUCGCCAAACGAUAGAAAGAAUCUUGACCUACAGGUGAAAGAUGGCAGUAUCGAUGUCGAUAUCUGGCUGGCCCGUCCCGAGGAAAGCGAUCUGGCAGGAGUCCCGAAAAACCGAGCUACUCUUUAUCUAAAGUCUAAAGAUGGCUCAGUUACUGCCAGAGUUCGUAACGUGAACACCCCGGUCCCCUUUCUGUUGAAUGUUUAUGCUAAAGAUGGUUCGGUGACCAUCUGCCUACCUCAGGCUUUCCAAGGUCCCAUGUCGCUGACAACCAAAAACGGAUCGAUCUCUUUGUCCAAUCCUCUUUUGGAGGCUUCCACGGCGUUGGCUCAAAUUGAUUCCACGAGACGUUAUUUCGUUGGGGAUUUAUCUGCUAUAAGAGAUGAGGAAUGGAAUGGCGAUGAGCUGAAAGCGGAGUCGAAGGACGGGAGUAUCAAAGUGAAAUUUGUGGAUGAAGUGACUGUUCGCAAACCAGGCUUAUUCAGUCGCAUGUUUGGUUUUUAAUACCAAACGCGACAAUCAAUUCUCGAAUUAUUGUCAUUUGUAGGGCUAUUCUAUGUUGUGAAACCACUUAACGAAUGUUUCUCGCUAUGCAACCCAAGAUUAUCUAGGUUCUUCAAAAUGUACUUCCUCGCCGAUAUCUUACGCUAUAUUUCGCAUUUCUUAUACCCAGCUGGUUCGCAGUGUCGAAGCCAUGCCAUUCCAACGAUAAAUCAGCAUUUUUUGCGGGAUGUGGGACAUUUGGAGAUCUCGAAUUUCAUGAAGCUACAUCUGUGAUGUGAUCACUUUCAUUAUUCCGGUAUUGUCAAUUCUGCCCUAUGAACUAGCCUCUGCAAGACUAGGAAGGACUCGAGGUACUGAUUCCUUGUUUAUUCAAACAUCGUGAGGUGUCGACAAACCGUAAACUCGUCAAGACAGUAUCACUCCUUAAUGAUUCU